AUGCUGUCAUAUCCAACUACAACCUUUAACGACAUCCCUCUCGAUAAUCAACUAUUAAGUUUUGAUAAUAAUACAGCAGUUAGUAACCCUUCAUCAACAACAUCUUCAAAUUCUGCUACUUCUGCAACGACAAUACCAACUCCACCUUCAACAACAUCUUCUCUGAUCAACAACCCUGGUGAUCUUUCCCCCACUAACAAUCAACAACAAAUGAAUAAUUUCCAAGCUCAUUCUAUGCAAUAUCUGAGACUGCAACCUCAACCUCAUCCAACAGAUUUUAUUCAAUCAAAUGAUAAUAACGAUACUACUUCAUCUUCAAUGCCAGUUUAUAAAAUGUAUCAACAUAAAAAUUAUUUACCUCAUAAUCAACGUAUAUCAAAUAUAGCUUGGAGAAUUCAAAAUAAAAAAUCAAUAAAUUCUUCCGCUACAACUAUGACUCCAAGUACUUCUUCUGGUGGUACUAGUGGUGGUGGUAUUACUAAACCUAUAGUAAGAUCAAACUCAUCAAGUGGUAGAUUUGGUGCUAGAUCAAAUUCAUUAUCUAAAGCAUUAACUAGAAAAGGUUCGAUUGAAGAUCCUAAUUUAGAUGAUUUUGAUUACGUUGCUCAUAUAAGAAGAAUAUCUCAAGAAGAUUAUAAACCAGAACUUAAUAAUAAUAAAACAAAUCCAAAUCUUUCAUCCUACAUAAAUUCAUUAGAAUCAACUUUAAAACAAAAUAAUAAAUCUCCUUCACCUUUAAAUUCAAAGAAAGGUUUACAAUGUACAAAUUGUCAAACUAAAACUACUCCCCUUUGGAGAAAAGCAAAUAAUGGGGAUUUAUUAUGUAAUGCUUGUGGAUUGUUUUAUAAAUUACAUGGGGUUUUAAGACCUCUUAAUUCAACAUUAGAUACCCCAGUGACAUCAAAAGAACCACCAAAGAAGGUUACUGGUAAAAAGAAAAUUAAUAAAAACGAUAAAAUCAUUCUGAAUUCAAAUACAAAUAUAUUUAAUGGGUUAGGUGAACAAAUCCCAGUCUCAACUAUGAAUGAUGUUUAUACCAAAAAUAAUAAAAUCAUGGCAACAGCUACUAAUAAUAAUAAUAAUAAUGACCCAUCUGGCAAUACAGAAGAUAUAAUGAAUUUGGAUUCAUUCUUGGAUUUCAAUGUAAAUGCAAAUAAUUUACAUUUAGAUACUAAUUCUCAUGGAUUAUCUUCAAGUUUACCUGUAAAAUUACACCCACAACAACAGCAACAGCAACAGCAACAGCAACAACAACAAUUUACUCCGUCAGCGGUUGAUGAUAUUGAAAAAUUAUUUACUAUGAAUUAUGAUAUAUCACAAAGAACAGUGUUUGAUUUUGAUCCUUCUCCCAUGCACGACAACAACCAUAUGUCACCAGAUCAACAAUUUAUGAUGAAUCAACAAUUCUCAAUGCCAUAUCCUCCACAACAACAACAACCACAAAUGCAUCAACAUCAACAACAACAACAACAAUCACUUCAUUCUCAACCGGUACAACCAAUACCCAUGCACACUCAAGAUAAUUUGGAUUUGAUAGAUCCAAACUCGGGUGUAUCUUCAAAUAACUUUAAUAAUGGUGGGAAUAAUGGUAGUUGGAAUUGGUUAGAUUUUAGUCCAGCUGCCUCAUAA